CGUCACAUGUGCAAAGUGUUAGCAGGUUUGAAUUUUCAACAACUAGAAAAUGGUAAGGUUAUUGAAGCCAUCAUCAUAGCUAUCAAGCAAGGGAGAGUUGAGUUUGUUACUGAAAUACUGAUAGCAUUUCUUGAACUUGCAUGGUUUCCUGAAAAAUCCACGGGACGAAACAUAUUUAUGCUUGCCGUUCUUUAUCGUCAGCAUGAAGUAUUUCAAUUUCUAUGCAAAUCUCCUGCAAAGUACUCAAUAUUGGCUGAAGUAGAUUUUGAUUCAAAUAGCAUAUUACAUAUUGCAACGAUAUUAGAGCCUUCCACUAGGCCUAAUAAAGCUCCAGGCGCAACUUUGCUUAUGCAAAGAGAAGUACAAUGGUUUAAGCAAUUACCGUACCAGGUGGCAACAAACAAGAAUCAGGCUUGCCAAUGUUCUUAAAUGUGAAGGUGUUUAUGCUCUUUAUAAUAUCUGAUGCGCUGUCUCUACUUUUUGCCUCAAUUUCAUUCUUGAUGUUUCUCAGCUUC